GCGGGGCAGUCGACCACGGAUUCCGGGGCCUGGACUCAGCCGCCCAGACACUGCGACUGCGCGCGCCCGGGACGUCUUCGGCAUGACAGCCAGCUCAGUGGAGCAGCUGCGGAAGGAUGGCAACGAGCUGUUCAAAUGCGGGGACUACGAGGGCGCCCUGACGGCCUACACCCAGGCCCUGGGGCUGGGUGCGACGCCCCAGGACCAGGCCAUUCUGCACCGGAACCGGGCCGCCUGCCACCUUAAGCUGGAAGAUUACAACAAAGCAGAAACCGAGGCUUCCAAAGCCAUUGAAAAGGACGGUGGGGAUGUCAAAGCACUUUACCGGCGGAGCCAAGCCCUGGAGAAGCUGGGCCGCCUGGACCAGGCUGUCCUUGACCUGCAGAGAUGUGUGAGCCUGGAGCCCAAGAACAAAGUUUUCCAGGAGGCCCUGCGCAACAUCGGGGGCCAGAUCCAGGAGAAGGUGCGAUACAUGUCUUCGACGGAUGCCAAGGUGGAACAGAUGUUUCAGAUCCUACUGGACCCGCAAGAGAAGGGCACUGAGAAGAAGCAGAAGGCUUCUCAGAACCUGGUGGUGCUGGCUCGGGAGGAUGCUGGAGCUGAGAAGAUCUUCCGAAGCAACGGGGUCCAGCUUUUGCAACGUCUGCUGGACACGGGAGAGACUGACCUGAUGCUGGCGGCUCUGCGCACGCUGGUCGGCAUUUGCUCUGAGCACCAAUCACGGACAGUGGCCACCCUGAGCGUGCUGGGAACUCGGCGGGUGGUCUCCAUCCUGGGCGUGGAAAGCCAGGCCGUGUCGCUGGCUGCCUGUCACCUGCUGCAGGUGAUGUUUGAUGCCCUCAAGGAAGGCGCCAAGAAAGGUUUCCGAGGCAAAGAAGGUGCCAUCAUCGUGGAUCCCGCCCGGGAGCUGAAGGUUCUCAUCAGUAACCUGUUGGAUUUGCUGACUGAGGCGGGGGUCUCAGGCCAAGGCCGAGACAACGCCCUGACCCUCCUGAUUAAAGUGGUGCCCCGGAAGUCCUUUAAGGACCCCAACAACAGCCUCACCCUCUGGGUCAUUGACCAAGGUUUGAAAAAGAUCCUGGAGGUGGGGGGCUCUCUGCAGGAGCCUCCUGGGGAGCUCACAGUGACAGGGAACAGCCGCAUGAGUGCCUCCAUCCUCCUCAGCAAGCUCUUCGAUGACCUGAAGUGCGAUGCCGAGAGGGAGAAUUUCCACCGGCUCUGUGAGAACUACAUCAGGAGCUGGUUUGAGGACCAUGGGCUGGCCGGGAAGCUGCGGGCCAUCCAGACGGUGUCCUGCCUCCUGCAGGGCCCAUGUGACGCUGGCAACCGGGCCCUGGAACUGAGUGGUGUCAUGGAGAGUGUGAUUGCUCUGUGCGCCUCUGAGCGGGAGGAGGAACAGCUGGUGGCUGUGGAGGCCCUGAUCCACGCGGCCGGCAAGGCCAAGCGGGCCUCGUUCAUCACGGCCAAUGGUGUCUCCCUGCUGAAGGACCUGUAUAAGCGCAGCGAGAAGGACAGCAUCCGCAUCCGGGCGCUGGUGGGGCUCUGUAAACUCGGCUCAGCCGGAGGGACUGACUUCAGCAUGAAGCAGUUUGCUGAAGGUUCCACUCUCAAGCUGGCCAAGCAGUGUCGAAAGUGGCUGUGCAAUGAGCAGAUUGAUGCGGGCACGCGGCGCUGGGCAGUGGAGGGCCUGGCCUACCUCACUUUCGAUGCUGACGUGAAAGAGGAGUUCGUGGAGGACGAGGCCGCCCUGAAGGCUCUGUUCCAGCUCAGCCGGUCUGAGGAGAGGUCGGUGCUCUUUGCGGUGGCCUCGGCGCUGGUGAACUGCACCAACAGCUAUGACUAUGAGGAGCCGGACCCCAAGAUGGUGGAGCUGGCCAAGUACGCCAAGCAGCACGUGCCCGAGCAGCACCCCAAGGACAAACCGAGUUUCGUGCGGGCUCGGGUGAAGAAGCUGCUGGCGGCGGGCGUGGUGUCAGCCGUGACGUGCAUGGUGAAGGCCGACAGCCCCGUGCUCACGAAUUCCUGCAGAGAGCUGCUGUCCAGGGUCUUCCUGGCUUUGGUGGAAGAGGCGGAGGACCGAGGCACUGUGGUCGCUCAGGGAGGGGGCAAGGCUCUGCUCCCGCUGGCCCUGGAAGGCACCGAUGUGGGGCAGACAAAGGCAGCCCAGGCUCUCGCCAAGCUCACCAUCACCUCCAACCCAGAGAUGACCUUUCCUGGAGAGCGGGUCUAUGAGGUGGUCCGGCCCCUUGUCUCCCUGUUGCACCUCAACUGCUCAGGCCUGCAGAACUUCGAGGCGCUCAUGGCUCUAACGAACCUGGCGGGAAUCAGUGAGAGGCUCCGGCAGAAGAUCCUGAAGGAGAAGGCUGUGCCCAUGAUUGAGGGCUACAUGUUUGAGGACCAUGAGCUGAUCCGCCGGGCAGCCACGGAGUGCAUGUGUAACUUGGCCAUGAGCAAGGAGGUACAGGACCUCUUUGAAGCCGAGGGCAAUGACCGGCUGAAGCUGCUGGUGCUGUACAGUGGGGAGGACGAUGAGCUGCUGCGGCGGGCAGCCGCCGGGGGCCUGGCCAUGCUCACCUCCAUGCGGCCCUCUCUGUGCAACCGCAUCCCCCAAGUGACCACACACUGGCUGGAGAUCCUGCAGUCUCUGCUCCUGAGCCCCAACCAGGAGCUGCAGCACCGGGGUGCCGUGGUGGUGCUGAACAUGGUGGAGGCCUCGAGGGAGACUGCCAGCACCUUGAUGGAGAGCGAGGUGCUGGAGAUCCUGUCAGUGCUGGCCAAGGGCCCGGCGGGCCCCGUCACAAAGGCGGCCACGGCUUGCCUGGGGAAAGCGGUGGAAUACGGGCUCAUCAAACCCAACCAGGAUGGAGAGUGAGGGGAUGUCUCAUGCACACACUGCACUGCGCACGGGACACCAGAUGUGCAGCUUUGGCCGGUAGGGGCUGGGCUGCCGAGCACUCUGGUCUCCUCCCAGCUCUUUGAUGUCCUCUGUCCUGAGACAGGGGCCACACUCCCAGCACUGCCUUCAGCCUCAUGCAGCAGGGCCUUUCCUGUAUUGUUGUAGACAGCUGGGAAAGGGGGAGCCUCCUCCUCACUCAGCCCGAGGGUCCCGGCACACCAGGGAAGGGCACACCAGGCACCUCAGCAGUGAGCAUCACCGAGCCUGCUAGUAGGACUGCCCCUGACCCUUAUUAAAAGCGUGUGGAACUCAAAUGUGUGCUCUGUCUGUGGCCUGGAGGAAGGCUGGCUGUGGGGCAGUCUCUGU